GUGCCGCCGGAAUAUGUGAACUGCCUCAACGUCAAUGAUGAAAUGGGCGUCAUCCAAAACGAGGAAAUGGACACUGAGGAAACUCCAGAUCUUUUCGGCAUCGCCAACAUGGAGUGGGAGCAGUAUAUUCCUGGAGUAGCAGAUCUGCCAAAAGAAAGGGCUCCACCAGAGCCACUAGUGAGGAGGAUUAUGGACUUAUCAAGCUGGAAAGAAGAAGCAAGACGAGAGAUACAAUCAAUGGAGGUGGAUACUAAGAAGGCACAGAGUGGAAAGAAACCCAAGACUGUGGCUAGACAGAUUAGAGGAAACUAUAGAUCAUACACCCCACAGCAAAUCCAAGCACUAUUAGAUUUGGCAAUCUUCAGUGGUCUCUCAGCAAGAAAGGCAGGAAUUUUGACAGGUAUCGUGGUGAGAACCGCCCAACAUUAUGUUCGUCAAUACAGGCUCAAGGAGGAUCCAGGUUGGCUUGUAGGCAUGAAGAAGAAUUCUCUUAGAGGCAACAAUCGCAAGCUGAAAGAGGAACACACCGCUUUUUUGAUGGAUUUCUUUGACAACAAUCAAUCAGCCGUGCUUUGGGAGGCUCGCGAUGCCCUGUAUGUGAACUUCCUAGCAUUGUCGAUCGACAUAUCUAGCCUACAUAGACAUUUGGUCAAACACUGCAGCUUAACACUGAAAAGAUUGAACAAACUUCUUGCCGCAAGAAAUGCCCCCACAACGAUCGAGACAAGAGUUGCUAGGAUAAACGAAUGGAUGGCUGAUCUAGAGAUGGAUUAUGCCACCAAUUGCGUAUUCGUGGACGAAGCUGGAUUCAACAUGCACCUUAGAGGAAACUUUGGACAGUCAAUCAAGGGAACCACUGCUAAGCAAGUUGUCCCUUUAAACAGAGGUGUAUUAAUAUCCAUUAUCGGUGCCAUAUGCAAGCUUGGAGUUAUUGAUUUGACAUUAAGAAAACCAACGCCAGUAACAAAGAAGUCCACCAAGUGCAAGAAGAAACGGAAGAGAAAUGACGAUUCUGCAGAGGAAGCAGUUGAAGCAGUUGAGAAGGUUAAUAGAAGAGUAGGCACUAGAGCUAUUCACUUUCUAGAGUUCCUCGAUGGCGUCUUGACAUCCCUGGAUCAGAAUGGCAUAACCGGCAGA